CCCAGGCUGUUAAUAGACUUGUCUCAACCUUUUGGAUAAUUCUGCCAGAUCCGACUUCCUUCCCAGGCUGACCUGACGUGGGUACCCAACAUGCACAACAGCACUGCCCAAACUCCGCACGCGGCUGCAGCGCGUAACCACACUUGGCCCACGCAGUCAGCGAGCUCCGAGUUCUCCCUGGGYGUCUUGGUGCUGCUGGCUUUCCUCAUGGUGCUGCUGUCUCUGGUGACCAUCCUUGGGAACAUCCUGGUGAUCCUKGCCUUCAUUCUGGACAGAAACCUCAGGCAUCCGAGCAACUACUUCUUUCUGAAUCUUGCAGUUUCUGACUUUGCAGUGGGUGUGUUCUGCAUGCCUCUCUACAUCCCUUAUGCCCUGACAGGGAAAUGGCACUUGGGAAGAGGCAUCUGCAAGCUGUGGCUGGUUAUGGACUAUCUCCUGUGCACAGCUUCAGUAUUUAACAUGGUUCUUAUCAGCUACGACCGUUUCCUGUCAGUUACAAAAGCUGUGUCAUACAGAGCCCAGCAGGGAAUAACAUCCAACCCUGCCAUCAAGAUGGUGGCCAUCUGGGUCUUUGCCUUCCUCCUCUACUGCCCAGCCAUCCUGUUUUGGGAGCACGUGGCCGGACACAGUGUGGUAGCAGCUGAUCAGUGCUACGCCGAGUUUUUGCACAACUGGUACUUCCUCCUGUGUGCAUCAGCGCUGGAGUUCUUUGUGCCGCUGCUCUUGGUGACCUAUUUCAACAUGCACAUCUUCCACAACAUCCAGCGGCGCCAGCGGCGUGGCAGCACACGGGACUGUGAGCCUGCCAGGGGCAGCAGCCUGUCCUGGAGGUUCUGUGGCUUGCCRAGGCCAGGGGCAUCAUCUCCUCCAUCUGAAGCAGAGGAUGGUGUUUCUUUUCCCAUGAAACCAAAGAAAGAGUCUUUGGUAACUGACUGCUCGUCUCCAUCCAGAAAMAAUUCUGUUAUCCCAGAAAAUGACUUUUCUGUUUCCUUCUGUGCAAAGACCAGAUCAAAACUGCAGCAGGACAAAAAAAGAGCAAAGUCUCUKGCCAUAAUUGUAUGUGUGUUUGCCAUUUGCUGGGCCCCAUACUCUUUAUUAAUGAUUAUUCGUGGGGCCUGCCAAGGAAAGUGCAUCCCUAACUCCUUGUAUGAAGCAACCUUUUGGCUUUUGUGGAUCAAUUCCUCUYURAAYCCAUUUCUYUACCCUCUUUGUCAUGUUAAAUUUCGAAUGGCUUUUCUGAAAAUAUUAUGUCCCAAAAAGUUURCAACAUUGCGAUUAAGUUCUUUUUAGAAAGUAAAAGAAAAAGAUAGUCCAAGAGGAGCUGGAUGAGAGAUGUAAGUAGYCACUGUUUGAAAUUAGAGUUAGUCUUUUCCAGGAGAUUAAACUAGUUGGAAAAUCCAAAUAAGCUUUCCGUGAAAUGUCUUCCUGCAGACAAAUGCAAAUGCCCAAGGUUUGUAUUUUUCCCAGCUACUUUAAUUGGCCAAUWAAAGGCUGUUGCCUCUGUCUGACUUUGCCUAGUUGUCUAUCCACUUUAUAAUUCUGAUUGUUGAAGAUGCUGUCUUCAAUAUAAGCAGUACAGCUUAUAUUUGUGUUCACAUGAGUUAAAAAUAGAAUAAAGUUGUGU